AUGGUACAGGUGCAUCUUGUUUCAUUCUAUCCAAUUCGACCGGUGAUUACGCUCGAACGAGCAGUCAGUGUUAUGGAUUCUACUUGUCAAAAUUCAGAUUUCAAUACUAAAUAUUUGCUUGGACAGUUAAAUAUAGCCAGAAAAGAAAUUAACAAUUUGAGACAACAAAUAAGACGUCUUCGUUACAUACAUGAGAAAGAUGUUGAUACUAUAAUGCGUCUUUUAGAAUCAUACAAAAAUGGACCAUCAAUGUCUGAAGCAAAAGUUAUAGCUCCAGAUGAUGUCAAACCUAGCACUAGUACAGAUGAUGAUACUAUAAAAUUAAAACCAAUUGGAAUAAUAUCUACUUGGUUUCCUAGUAAACGUGGUACACCAAGACAAACAGGAAUCUGUGGAAAAGUACCAGGAAAAUUAUUAUUAUAUAAUUCAAUAUUUACCAAUCCUGAUCAUGCACUUGAAGGAUUACAAGAUUUUUCACAUAUGUGGGUCCUAUUCCACUUUCACAGAAAUGAUUCAACACAUGUUCGUGCCAAAGUUGCACCACCAAGAUUAAAUGGUACGAAAACAGGUGUAUUUUCUACACGUUCUCCACAUCGUCCAUGUCCAAUUGGUUUAAGUUUAGUAAAAAUUACAAAUAUAGAAAAUCAUACAAUUUAUUUUGAAGGUGUAGACAUGGUUGAUCAAUCACCUGUAUUAGAUAUAAAACCCUAUAUACCACAAUAUGACAGCCCAUUAUUUUUUGAGAAAUUAAGUAACAGAUCACAAGAAUCUAAUUUAGAUGAUGCAUUUGAAUGCAUAGAAGAAACGGCAAGAAAUCAGACACAAUGUAGCACAUUUAGUACUAAUAUUAGUCUUGGAGAUGAAACAAGAAGUUUAUUGUCAGAAUCAUAUUAUAGAAAAAAUACUAAUAAAACAAAUCAAGAAACAGAUGUUUCUAGAGAUGAAGAAAUAGCUCUAAGGUUACAAGCUGAGGAAUUUCAAAGAAAUUCGAACUUUGAAAGUUACACUAGUAUAAGACAUUUUUCUGAAUUAAGUGAUAUCAAUUUGCACAAUAAUAGCGCACUACAACAUAAUAUAGAUGUAACUGGAAUACAUAGAACUCAUACAUUUUCUGAUACUUUGACUGAUACAAGGUCAAGUCUGAAUAUAACUGGACAUAACGUACUUUCGUCUAAUUUGGAACAAACGGAAAGCUUAGUAGAUAUAAAUAAUAGAUUACAAAAUAUUAACGUAAGCGGUCGUAGUAAUAUAGAACCAACGUAUGGAUCAAGAAACAUAGGAUCUAAUUAUACAGAAACACAUGCAUCUCGAUCUAGACUUUUAGAUGGAGCCGAUGGACCAAAUACCAUUUGUGGUACUGAUAUAGAUUUAAUUCGUAGAAGAUCGUUAAGUUCAAGAAUUGAUAAUUCUCCUGUAAGGAUGGGGGUACGAGAAGCUCCCGAUGGAGAAGAAGGAUUAGAACCGCAAAUUCUUACUCCUUCGCAACAUUUAUCGAGUCAAGUAAUAAGAACAACAUCAAACAAUAGUUUACCAGAUAGUGGGGAUACACAUUUAGUAUUUUCCUCUGAAUCAAGAAAUAUUGAAAAUAGAGAAUCAGGAGCUAAUACUUCAGAAAUAAGAAUUCCAGAAUGGAUAUCAAGACCUCGAACACCCUUGUGUGUGGUAUUUAACGAUCGUGCUUUAAUUCAAUUAAACGAGAUUUUAGGAACUAAAAUUAAUGACCAAAAAGUAGCCAUUGAAAAUGUACUUCGCGAAGAUCCUAGAUCGGUAUAUUUAAGGCAACGAUGGGGUAGUCAAUUUUACACUUUCUUAAUUCACGAUUUACACAUCACUUGUAGAUUUGAUGAUAACAGAGGUAUAGUAACAGUUUUUCAAGUCAGACACGCUGGUCGUAUUUGUGAAUGUGGAGAACCUGAAUGGCAAUGUUUGGGUCAUUCACCACCUUCAUCUUAAAUACAAGCACAUAUGUAUGUGUAAAUAUGUAUAUGUGCAUAUACAGUAUAUGCAUA